GUGCCGGGCUUUAACAACAGACACCUUAUUCGAUUUGGUUAAAUAAAUGUGAAAAUAAACCGAGAUUCUCUAUGUGAAAAAACAAGCGCACCAGAUUCGUAAAAAUGUUACAACAAAAUAAUUAGUAUAACGCCAGGCGGAAAACACUUAUUAGUUUAUCACAAACCAUUUGAGAAAAAAUGUCUGUUCCCAAGUGGCAAAUGCAUUCCAGAGAGAUGGGAGAAGAUUCAGAUUCGCGUAACAGUACCUAUGUACCCAAAAUGGAACUGCUUAAAACAAAUUAUAUACACCAAGGCAAGAACGCUAUUAUGUACAGGUCGAGCGAGCCACAUUUUGCUGCGCGUCGAAGUAAAAAGACUCGUUUUGUAGAAAACCGCCGGCCACUAAGAAAUCUUUCUCAAGCCAAGCAUAGCCAUAAAACCAGUCGCAGUCUCUGGUCGAAUACCGUUAGGACUGAACCAAAAGUUCACUCUUUGGAAUUGGUCUUGAAUAAAAGUGAAGAAAAGGAGUAUAUACCAACGCUUAAGGCGCAGGACGCUUUUUCACAAUCCUCUUGCUUUUGCCACAAUCUAAGCAUUGCCGCCACAGAGUUUGAUGCUAAUCUAAAUGAUGGUAAUCAGCCGCAUAGCUUGAAAGGUCAGUGUGACUACUCGUAUUUUCUAACUGAGGCUGGCGGAAUUCAAUCGCGAGCAGACCGCAUUGCACGCAUUGAGACCAGCACCCAUCUAAAACCAGAGGCCCAAAUUCUUAAGCCCGUAACGGAACUUAACGAAACCGGCUUCGAUCAACGUGCACCAGACUGGAUAUUUAAGAACACUAGAAUUGGGGACGUCAGUAGCAGCAGUAAAUUAAGCGCUUAUAACUCCGAGUCACCUCCCGAAGAAAAUAAGGGGUGUAUUCUCCAACAGGCAACAAUGUUAGAUCGUGCGUAUAUAAAAAAUCGUCGGCCACUGAUAACCACUGAGGGCAAGAUGGCGAUGAAAGAAGCAGAACUUCGCCAGACCAAUUAUAGCGAUAUAAAGUACGACUACAAAACUUGUUCAACUUCCCAAGAUUUACAUAUGAAAAAAGCAAUACUAAAUAAAGUUCCUUGUAGCAAGCAAUGCAAACCUUUCCAUAACGUGGAUUAUGAUUAUUACGAAAAUAUUCAAAAACUCCAAUUGAGCAAGGAAAAUGAAAGACAAAUGAGGGACAAUGGGGACCCUAACGAUUUGCAGAACUUUUUAAAAAAGAAUUUGAUUAAGGCUACAACCAAUGAAUUGCUUAAAGCUGCCGCACAAAGCACAAAAAAGUGUAACAUUGACUUAGAGCGCAAAUUAAAUGAUCUGAAUAUGAGAGAAGAGGAUCACAAAUCCAAUGACAGCGGAAACUGUUACAAUAACGAUCCUUAUCUAGUAUCCAUGAGCAAAAUGAAUUCAUUCAAAUUUAUCAGAUCAUAUAAUAAAGAUUGUGACACAAUUUUUCCUACUGGCAACCGGAGCGAACUAAAAGAAUUUAGAAAGUUUAUUAGGCCACAAUCAAGUGACUUUUCAUCAAGCGCUUCUGUUUCAUUGUGUAGUUGCGAUGGGUCUUGCUUAAACAAAGAUUCUGUAUGCGAUUCCGAAGAAGAUUGCUGCGAAUGUAAUGAAUACCAAUGUAUCCCAACUCCCAAUAACGACCUUUCCAAGGAUGUCCUAAAUGCAGUGGAAGGUGUUUUUUGGAACACGGCGUAUGACGAUUUUCAAGAAAACAUAACAUCAAGCUUUUGCUGCGCGUCUCUUUGUAAUGAUGAUGGUUGCUCAUACUUUGAUGAAAGUUUAAGCGUUGACAUAAAAUCCAAUAACGCACAAAGCCUACACGAGAGUGGAGUAGAUGAAAAACUUUCACGGAAAACCAUUAAUUUGGUAAAGGCUGAGGAUAUUAAGGAUUUAACACAAGGAAGCAGCGAUGGCAGCGAUACACAUCUUUCAAAAUUCAGUGAAAUAUUUAAAAAUCCGCAGGACACAGAAAUGCAUCGACACAGACGUGGUCAUGUUUUAAGGGAACUUUUUGAAACGGAGAAAAUAUACGUUAAUGAAAUAGCGUCAAUCUUAAAGGGCUACUAUGAUCGCUUGAAGUCUGACGAAAGAGCUCCUGCCAGUUUGCAAGGCAAUGCAAAUGUGAUCUUUGGGAAUCUUCAUGAGCUCUACUCAUUUCAUAAAGAUGUUUUCCUUAAGGAUCUUGAGAACUGCAUAUCAGUCACUGAACGCGUCGCACUAUGCUUCGCCAAAAGGCGAGACACAUUUUAUCAUUUGUACUCAUUUUAUUGUCAAAAUAUCCAACGCUCAGAAAAAUUACGUGAAACCUUAGUGGAUACUCAUAUGUUUUUCCAAGAAUGUCAAAUAAGACUUGGUCAUAAACUUCCUCUGGCUGCAUAUUUGCUUAAGCCAGUUCAAAGAAUUACAAAAUACCAACUUCUUUUAAAGGACUUGCUGCUCUUCACUGAUAAUGAUAGCUGCAGAAAUGAACUUAAAAAUGCAUUGGACUGUAUGUUAAUCGUUUUGAAGUGCGUAAACGAUUCGAUGCACCAAAUUUCAAUAACAGGGUUUCCGAGUGAUUUAGCACAACAGGGUGAUCUUUUGAUGCAAGACUCAUUCCAGGUAUGGAUAGAGUCUAAAAAGGACAUUCGUCUUCGAAUGAAGCCAAAACGGCGACAUAUCUUUUUAUAUCAAAAGUCUUUACUGCUUUGUAAGCAAAUAUCAAAGCCGGGACAUGACAAAAGCAGCUAUCAAUUUAAAAGCGAUGUUAAGAUGUCUCAAGUUGGCUUAACUGAGUCCGUUCACGGCGAUGAAAAACGAUUUGAAGUUUGGCUUAAGGGACGCCAGGAAGUUUAUACGUUGCAAGCACCAACAAUCGGUGUAAAAGAUAUGUGGGUUGCCGAAAUUAAAAGGGUGUUAUUUAACCAACUCGAAAAGCUUAAAGGCGAUCAAAUAGCGAAGUACAACGUAAGACAUCAAAGCCUAUGGCAGAAAACUUCUUGCAAAACCCCCAACAUUACCCUUUGUCCAUCAAGAAAAAGCUUAGAACACCCCGUAAAUGAUUCCAACCGAAACACGAAAAGCAGAAGUGAUAAAACGUGCUCAUCAGAUAAGAAUAUUGUAAAUGAACUAUCGGUUAAGGAUCAACAUGAAAAUAGCAGUUGGAGCUCAGACUGUUCAGACAUUGAUAACGAUGAAAGAACUAACCCGAUACUGAUGCAGAAGACUGGACCACAUAAGCUUUUAUGGAACCGAUCAAGUAUUCAUCAUGUCUUUAUUAAAAGCGAAUACAUCUUAAAUAGAAAGGCUGUAAAAAAUUAAAACCAUAAA